UAUUAACGCGAAAGCACUAACUCGGUCGAAGCAGUUCGAUCAAACCAGUUGAAGCUAGAAAUUCUGCAUGUGAAUUUGAAAUUUUGUAGAUCGUCCAAACAGUAAUCAAUGAAAUACUUAAAUGAUACAGAAAUGUAUAAGGAAGCGAUUCUAAACUCCAAGCGAAAGCCACGGGCAACAGGAAAAGAAAUACCGAUUCUCGACUUUUAUUCCACUUUCGAAGUAGCAACGUGGAUCUGGUACCUUACCGGAAAUUUUCCAUACAUCAUCAGAGGCUCCAUAGGGAACAGAAGAUACGUUUUUGAGAAAUUCAUUGCCGGAUACAACAUAUGCCUCUUCCUCAUAAGCAUAGGAGUGUGUUGCUUGGGACUCGUGGAAAUCGUGAAUUUUGCUGGGUAUUAUUUCAUUAUUAGUAUUUCUGCAACCGCAUCUCUAGACAACACUCUCUACGCGACGACCUUAGUUUUGCGUUUCGUCACGACUUUAAUUUCCACGUUGAACAUAGUGAUCAUACGAUUUAUAUCCGCGUUCGAACAGUUUGCUGCUCAGGAUGUGUUUCUGCAAGAUUUUGGCUGCUAUUUAAAGUACAAGUUGUACAAGAGAAUAAUAAGCUGCAGUACGUGGCUCAACACGAUCAUCGACGUGGUCUUGAGUUUUCACUAUUCUUGGGUGUACAGUGUAUCGGACAUUCGAGUGUUGGUCUUUUGGUCCUUGUGGAACGUGCCCAACAUGAUGAUGAGUACGAAUAUAAAUAUGUUCAUAAACUUGACGAUGAUGUUAGGAAUCAGGUUCCGCGUCCUCAACGAAAAACUAUAUUCGAUCAUUGCAAGAACCAAUGCCUCGCCUCCAAAGGUGAUAUUUUUCUCCAAAAACAUUGGAGAUAAUGUCCGCUCUGUUGCACGGGUUCAUUACAAUCUCUGCAACCUUGCACGGUGUAUAAACGACUCCUUCAAAUGGAACCUGGUUGUAAAUGUUAUUAACGCUUUUACAACCGUAACCGGAACCUUGUACGCCGUGUUCGUCGAGGCCCAGAAAGGUGAAGAAGCAGAUCAAGGAUUGCUUAUCGUGUACGUCCACUGGAUAUUUAUUCAGAGUCUUCCAACGGUGUUGAGUGUACUAAUCUGCAGUUGGACGCAAAAUAAGGCCGCACGUGCUGAAAAAUUGCUGUACAAGAUCAACGUACAAGAGACCGACGCAGGGCUUUAUUCUGCGGUGAGGAUAUUCUCCAUGCAAAUGCGGCACCAAAAAGUGUCCUUCACCGGAGCCGGUCUCUUACCUCUAGAUACAACGCUUUUAUUAUCGAUGGUUGGAGCUGUAACAACGUAUUUGGUGAUACUUAUUCAGUUUUACUCGAUGACUAAAGUUUAUAAGGAAGGGUUGAAUAGAAACGUACAAAAUAAUACUUACGGUAAUUACAGUCGUUACUGA